AUGGUCUUGCAAAAAGGCGUUCCGUUUAAACACACACUUCACCCCACGGUGUCGGAAGAAAAAAGCUUGUUAAGUAUACCUAUUUCUAUAACCGCCACUGUGGCUGAAUGCGAUUUGCAGCAUCGUUUGGAUAUUCAUGUCCCUUCUAGUCGAGAGAUAGCAGGGAUCGAGCUGACGAAUGUGGAGUUUCUUUUUGAGAAUGAUACCAAAGGGGAAUUGUCUGAUCCGCGGUGUUCUUCUGGUAAUUAUGAUGUACUAGGCUACUUGUUCAUGCAAUUACUUGAUAGUCAGGGUCGACCCACUAGUCAUCCAUUUGCAGUUAUGCGUUGUGACCCGGUGACAGGACGCGGUAUUUGCUGUGGAAUAAAACUUCCUUUACAAGCAGAUCAGCGUGUUCGGUUCUACUUGGUUCAAAAAGUUGAGCCUGGUGAUGAAAAAAUGAGGCGAUGUGUGCGCAUUGAGGGUGUGCGCUUCACUGGAAAGGCUCAGCUGUUAUCGGGCGGGACUCACAUUAAAUCAGCAAAGGGUCGAAGACAGAUUAAAGCACUCAUGGAAAGUAAUUUGCGCUUUGAGGUGGAUAGUGCGAGAAAAGAAUUGUCGUUGUCAAAACGACAUCGUGAGUCCCCUCUCCGUUGCCGGUAUGAUAAACAGGAGUCUCUCACAGGUCGUUCAAGUGUCGGACGCACAGCGAAUAUAUUAAAAAAAAAACCAAAUGAUGUUGACGAUGAUGAUGAUGAUGAUGAUGAGCCGCCAAACUUAAUCUACGCCUUCGUCCCCGGUGGGGACAAUGAAAGCUGA